AUGACGCUUAACAUGAACAGUGGAGUCCGCAACGUCGUCGGACAACACCAGCGCCAGCGAAAACUGAGCAACAUCAACGCGACCACCGAUAUCAACAACCGCGGCACCGGCAACAACGUUUGGAGGUCACCCACCUACAGCCUCGCCACCAACACCAGUGGGUCUGCCAAGGACGCCAGGAACGUCAAGGGUAAUGACAACGGAGGCCCUGAAGCGGGCGGUGUCUCAACCGUCAAAUUUCCUACCCUCCGUGCUCCGUCCUCCACUCCCGCUGCCACGGCCACCACGGCAUGCCAAGGCGCAGAAGCCCGCGCGAUCGCGGCGAAGAACGCUACACCCAUCGCUAAGACCAUAGAGGUUCCGAUGAGCGCUACCAGCCUCGGUACUGCGCCGGCAGUCGGGGAACGAUUCUGUUACAAGAAAGCAGAUACGGUACUCCUCCAUAAGGGGUCACCAUCCUCGUGCCCGCGACUGCACCUACGACGUGGUGAAAUCACUGAAUAG